CAGCAUGUGUAUGGAGCUCAGCCAUAUUGGGUGGUGUCUACAGCAAAGUGAUUGAACGUGUUUAAUAUCUGACUUGUGAUCAAUAAACCCUGGCUGAUUAAUAGACUGCAUUAUGUUAUUGUAAGUCAGCUAUCAUCAAAUACAACAGGAAAUUGAAAAAGGACUUCUAACUGAUGGUCUCAUAAAUACUAUGACAUAUCUCCAUAAGGAAUUUGCAAAAGGUAAUAUUAAAGGAGAUGUGCUGAUUGACUUUAGUCCAGGUCCCGUUAUUUUUUCCUUACUCCCAGUUUGCAAGUACUUCAAAGAUAUUAUUAUAUUAGAAUUUAAUGAUCGCUCAAUCAAAGAAAUGGAGAAAUGGAUAAAUGGAGAUACUGCAUUUGACUGGUCUCAUGCUUCACAACUUUUAAAGGACCUGGAAGGAAACUGUGAUGAACUACAAGAAAAAGAACAUCUGUUAAGAACGAAAAUUAAGGAUGUUCUGAAAUGUGAUCUCUCCAAAGAAAAUCCGACAGACCCAAUAAUUUUACCAAAGGCAGAUUGCAUCAUAUCUAUAUGGGUUCUGGAAAUGGUCAGCAAAGAUAAAGAUGCUUACUGCAAUAAUUUAAGAAAAAUCUACUCUUUACUAAAACCAGGAGGACACCUGGUAAUGGUUUAUGAUAUUAAUGUUUCAUUUUUGAAAAUUGGUGAACAUAAUUUCCAUAUCUUAACAUAUGAUGAAGAGUUUCCGAGGAAAACUCUGAAGGAUUUAGGAUUUAAAAUUGAAAGCUAUGAAGUUAAAGAAAAAACUGCCUCCACUACUGAUAUUGAUUAUGAAAAAAUAGUGUUUCUCACUGCAUUGAAAUAGUUUUGAAUGACAGCUGUAAUGAUCUAUCUAGUCUUCUCUUACUUUUCCAACUGAUUAGUCGCUAUCAGGUUUAUUCACUGAAGUGAGAAUUGUCAGGAAUUGAACGUGAAUGACAAAUGUAAGGUUAAUGUAGCUAAACUGGAAGCAAAGCUGACAUGGAGAAUUAGUCCAGUUUGGCUAUUUAGGCCUUACGUGUUAAUUCCACGUUGAAUUCUUGACAUUUCUCGCUGUACUGAAUAACUGCAAAGUUCUCAUAGCUGCAAUUAUGCUCUUAUUCAUCUUCCAACUUAUGUUCCCAUUUCUGAACUCCAAUGUUAUUCACUGCCCUCCAUCCUUUUUUUCCUGCUUAAUCUGACUCAUCUCUUACAUUCUUUGCUGUAUAGUUCUAAACCAUUGUUUGUGUCUCUUAGUUCCUCUAGCAGUGCUGGCUCAUCCAUAGGAGCAACUGGGGAAGCACCCUAUCAGCUUUGUUUUAAAUAAAAAUACAAAAAAGAAAAAAGAUAAAAACUACCAAGAUUGUUUUCUUUGGGGGUCCAGUGGCCCCUCUUCAGAUGGCUAUUAGAGGUGCUUCCUGUGGCAGCGCUGCAAAGUGUGCAACUUCUGCAUCAAGACACUGAACUUCCUAUGAGGAGAUGCUGACUAGCCAGAGUGGCAUAUGGCCCUGGCCCCCCGGCCCAUCGUCUUGGCUGAGAACAUCAUAAUUAACAAUCUCAGCCAAUCCAAUGCUUUCCUAUGGGAAUGCAUUCUGGUUGGCUCAGAUAAUUACUUCUGACCGGAAUACGUUUGGUUUCUAACCCUAUAUUUCUAUCCCUAUAUUGUUCCUU